AUGGGAGAAACUAAAAUUCUAAAACUUCUAAUUUUAUGCAUUAUUCUGCUCUAUUCUCCAAUAGAUUUGGCUAAAUCCUGCAGUGAAGAGCCGGACGGGGUAUGUGAGGGAUGUACAUCUGAAAAUGAUAUUUGAACGAUGAAAAUUCUUCAAGAAACUUCACGAAGUGUUGUUCUUAACAAUGGCGAGAAGAUGCCAGCCUUUGGUUUAGGGACUUAUGAUAUCCAAAAUCAGGAAGUUAUCACAUACAGCAUUGUAGAAUUAGGCUAUCGCCAUAUAGACACAGCACAGGUCUAUGAAAAUGAAGAACUUGUUAGUAAAGCCAUCAAGGAAGCCAUUCAAGCUGGUAUCUCGAGGGAUGAGUUAUUUAUCACUACUAAGCUCUGGAACUCAGGGUUUGAAAAUCCUGUUAAAGCUCUUCGAGAAAGCCUUGGAAGACUCAAUCUGAAAUAUGUAGAUAUGUACUUAAUUCAUUGGCCUAUCCCAGAAUUUGAAGAGGAUAAGAAAACUUUUAAGAAAACUCCAAUGCAUCAAGUAUGGCAAGGAAUGGAGAGAUGUGUUGAGCUAGGCAUAGCUAAGUCAAUCGGAGUCUCUAAUUUCAAUGUUCAGCUAUUGAUAGACAUGCUCGCGUAUGCUAAAAUUCCACCUACUUGAAAUCAAGUUGAGGUACAUCCUUACUACCAACAAGAAGGUCUAUUACAGUUCUGUCAAAAAUAUGGCAUUGCAGUUGUUGCAUAUGCUCCAUUGAGUUCUCCAGCAAGGCCUGAUGGUGGAAAUGGCAGGAAUAUUCUUAAAGACCCUAUACUCCAACAAAUAGCAAACAGUCAUGAUACAACUCCUGCACAGAUUGCAUUGGCUUGGAAUCUCCAAUUAGGCAAUGUCGUAAUUUCGAAGACGAAUAAUGUCACUAGGGCAAAGGAGAACAUUGAAGCAGUUUCUGUUGCCUUAUCAUCAAAGGAAAUGGAUCUUAUCAGGUCUCUUGAUGCCAAUGAGAAGAUCUAUGAUACACAGGAAUGGGAAUGCUUUGGAAAUAUUCAUGCUUUUAAGUAAGCCUUUAUAAAAAUUUCAAAUAU